UAAACAGUCAGUCUGAGGCUGUAAACACAUCCACAAUCUCUCCUCUAAACACAUCCGACGUAAAUCAACACUACAUUUGUCUGUGGAGACUCUGAGGACACAGUCCAGAGUGAAUUCUCGUCACCAUUGAUUUUCCAGCAGAAGAUGAAACCUGAGGAACCUUCAAACGUGGUCUUCUCUUGUCUCUGCACCAACAUGAAACGCUCGAGCAGGAGCCUCCUCCUGCAGCAGAGGAGCUCGUCCUCCACCAGACUCCAGCGGCCUCUCCUCCACCCCAGGACCCUGCUCCUCCUGCCCGUGCUCCUCCUCCUCUUCCUCUCCAUGUGGAGCCAGCAGGCCGAGGCCGUGGUCCACUCCAGCUUCAAGAGGCUCAGCGGCCGAGAGAAGAAGGAGAUGCAGAAGGAGAUCUUGUCCAUCCUGGGUCUGCCAGGCCGUCCCAGACCCCACCCGCCGCUGAGGCCUCCCUCCUCCGCUCCGCUCUUCAUGCUGGACCUGUACCACGCCAUGUCGGCGGACGGGGAGGACGAGGGCAACGAGAUCAUCGUGAGUGGUCCUGGCAUGGGCAGGUUUGGAGGAGUGGAGAGGUUAGCUCAGGUCAACCACGCCGCUCUGCCCACACUUAGCACACACUCACCACCACUGGGGACGGUGGUCAGCGAGGCCGACACCGUCAUGAGCUUCGUCAACCUGGUGGAGCAGGAGCGUGACCUGCUACAGCCUCGUCCGUACUGGAAGGAGUUCCGCUUCGACCUGACGCCACUGCCUCAGGGAGAAACGGUGACGGCGGCUGAGUUCCGCAUCUAUAAAACUCUGACUGUGGGUCAGAGAGCGAACAGAACUCUGCACAUCUCUGUCUACGUCAUCAAGAGAGAGAACAGACACAGAGAACCAGAGUUGGUGCUGCUGGACAUGCAGUCGGUGCCUGCAGGUCAGGAAGGAUGGCUCGCCUUUGACGUCACCUCGGCCUCAAACCACUGGCUCCUCCAUCCUCGCAGCAACCUGGGCAUCCGUCUCUAUGUGGAGACUGAGGAGGACCGCUCCCUGUCUGCAGGCUGGAUCGGGUUGGUGGGUCGUCGAGGUCCUCGCUCCAAACAGCCCUUCAUGGUGAUCUUCUUCAGAGAGAGUCAGAUCCCGUGUCGACCGCCUCGUGCUGUAAAACCUCAUCCUCGCAGGAGGAAACCAAAAUACGACCUCCCAGUUCCCAGCAUUCAGAAUCGUAGUCCUGUAAACAACGGAGCUCUGCCGUGUAAAAAACAUGAACUCUACGUCAGCUUCAGUGACCUGGGAUGGAAGGACUGGGUUUUGGCCCCCAAUGGUUAUUCAGCUUAUUACUGUGACGGAGAGUGUUUUUAUCCUCUGGGCUCCUGCAUGAACGCCACCAACCACGCCCUCAUCCAGCAAGUGGUUCACCUCCUGAAGCCUGACGAGGUUCCUAAGGCGUGCUGCGCCCCGACCAAGCUCAGCCCCAUCUCUGUUCUCUUCUAUGACGACAACAACAAUGUCAUUCUCAAAAAACAUCGCAACAUGGUGGUUAAGACCUGUGGGUGUUUAUGAGUCAUUUUCUACACAAGCACACAGACAUUUGUUCAGAUGCCAAAUCUGCAUUUCAACAUUAUUUUUUACUGUAAAAUCAAGACUGUACACAUUUGUUUGUUACCAAACAUUUUUAAAAUGUUGAGUCGGCUUUAUACACAUUGAUAAUAGUAGCUGAAGGACAUUUUCUUCUCCAGAACUAAUGCUUGAUUCUUUUCUAAUGAAUUAGGAAGGUUUGGAUCUUUGUAGUUCUUACAGAUGAUGGCAAAUGAAACUGGAUGGCAGGACGUGCCAUUAAUGAUGCCUGUUUUUGUGGUUGCAACACAAAUCUAAAUGAGACUUAAAUAGUAUUCAAUUAAUUGAAAAAAACAAUUUACAUUAUCUUGACUUGUAUUACCAAA